GCGGGACAGAAGUAAUCAGGUACAGUUGUCGUUGUCCGCUUUAUUUACGAAAAUUUCCUAACUGAUAGUUGUAAAUAGACCCACUGUACAUAUUGUACAAAAUAGAGAUGAGCUCCACCGGUCGGACCACCUCUAAGGGUGGUAAGGGGGCGAAAGCUGAUAAAACUCACAAAUCAGACGGAGGUAAAGGUGGUGGAGAUAAAGUACACAAAGAACAGUCUUCAAAGAAUGAAGAGCUGAGCAUGAAGGAAAAAGUUAAACAGUUGAUCGAACUAACUAAUCGGUCCGAAGAGGAAGUGUGCCUGGCUCUACACGAAAGUAAUAAUGACAUAAACAUAGCCAUAAAUAUGUUGUAUGAAGAAAUGGCUAUUGGGGAGUGGGAGACUAAAGAUAAGAAGAAAAAGAAAAGACAGGCCUCGGCAAGCAAACAGGACAAAAAGGCUGAAGAAGGGUUAGGUGGGGACUCUUGGGACGAUGAGACACCACCAAGGGGAAAUAAUGCAGGGGCCGGAGAUGUAAAGGAAAGGGGCGGCGACCGCCGAUCCAAAGACACGAAACCUUCGGGCGGCCCCCCGCCCCGACGCAACCAGGACGGGCGGGGAGGCUGGAGGGGCGGCCGUGACCGAGACCGCGACCACAACGACGAGGGCGGCCGCGAUAGGGACAGGGGCGGCGACAGAGACCAGCGUAGGGGCCAGAGGGGCACGGGAGGGCCUAGGGGUGGCGGGCGAGGACGAGGAGGUGGACGUGCGGGCGGCAGGUACCAGCCCAGGGGCGGCAGAGGAGGCUCCAGGGAUGGAACGAGGGAUUACAACAAACAGCCAAUUGAUACGUGGGACAGUUCGAACACGUGGGAUAAUAGUACGGUGGCGGCGGCGAAUACGAAUCACACGGGAACGGACGACUGGGAUGAUCUGCAAACGGACGAGUGGUCUACCGAAGAGUACACAGGUAGUCUGAUGGAAACCAAAGUGUUCACUCCCAGCGUCCAGCCGAGUCUCAACGUUAUCGAAGGAUCUCAGGAACAGAGUCUGGAACCUAGUCUGCCAGUUCCGAGCCCGCCAGACGUUACAGCUGGCUACAGUCAGGCUUUGGGACAGACCUACAACCAGACUGUCCAAUUGCCCAGCCAGAGUCCGGUACAGCCGUUGGUGAACACUCUGACGCCCGCGCAGUCGCAGUACUUCUCGCAGUUGGCGCAGCAAAACAGCGACAGUCUGAACAAACAGUAUUCCAACGCCACCUAUCAGUCGCAGACAGGGUAUGACACGAAAUCAAACGUUCAACAGGCUUAUACACCUUCGACGCAGCCUUACAAUAGCGCUGCGCAGCCUAGCUACGGCGCUGCCCCUUCGAAUACCUACGCGAAUAGCACUUACCAACCGGUAACUAACAGUUACGGGUCUCCUCCUGAGGCUCAGCCUGCUCAGCAAUCGACCAGGACGAAAACUCAACGGGCUAGGGUACCGCCACCGUCAAAGAUACCAUCCAGUGCAGUAGAAAUGCCAGGCGACUUAAACAGUAGCAUAGGUUACCUGGACGUUCAAUUCGGUGCUAUGGACUUGAUUGACAAUUCGUUUGACUCGACGACUGCCUCAGAUGUCAAGUACGGGUCGGAGAGUAACAGGAGUGGUAGCGGUUUGGAUAGUUCGCCAGCCGGUCCGGGUACGUUAGAUCUGGCAACGGCGCAGGCUAGUGCUAGCGCAGGCUUGGAUGGAUACAGUUCGAACAAGAGCGCGAAUCAAAGCAGUAUUAGCUCUACGUUGACGCAGAGCCUUUCAAAUAGCGAGAGCAUUCCUCAAACGUCCGAACACAUGACGUACAACAACGCGACGACCAACAGGAGCCCUGCGCAAGUGUCAGUGACUCAAGGCGCUGUUCCUACGGUAACGGCGCCCUCUGGCUUAGAUUUGAACAAGCAGGCGACCGAUAAUAGUCACUCCUACAGUUCGCAAGGUUCAAACUACAAUUCCUACCAGUCCAAGGCCAAUACCUACAGUACGUCGCCUUAUAACUCGACUCAGACGACGGCAAGUUCCUACGUCAACCCGGCCGCCAACUAUGUAAAUAACCAGGCCAGUUCUUACGCUGCGCAGAACGCCAACUCGUACCAGAACAGUUACUCGUCGUCUGCGUCGUAUCAGAACGCGAGCCAGGGCAGUACCGGCUACCCUUCUGUGACGCAGGCGAAUUCGUACCAGAGUUCGCAGAAUUACCAGACGCCGAAUCCGGUUUACGGAGCCAAUAGCGGUCUGAGCAACAAUUCAAACUACGGCGGCACGACGACCAGCCAGUACAACAGCUACGGCUCGACGACGAGCAAUCACAAGCUGGGCAAAGAGAACUCGUACGACACUGGCAACAGUGCCUCCGCGAGUAGUACGGCGAACACGACGUCUAACAACGCCACUUCCGCAAGUACCCUGCCUCAGACCACGAUUAGUUCCAGCAAAUCGGCCGCGGCGUUAAAUAAGAAUUCUUCGAACAACGUGGUAUCGAAUAUCCCCCCCGGAGUGACGCCUGUGAUGAGCACGCCCUACAUUAUGGGACAAGUGCCCUACUUUCAGCAACCCGUGUAUUCCUACGAGGAUAUGCAACUGUUGCAACAGAGGCUGCCUCAUAUGACCACUCCUUACUUCGACAUGGGUUACCAGACGCCGACGACGCUGGCCGCCGUGCGUGGCGACCCCACCGGAGCCCUUGGCGCCUACUCCACCAUCUCGGCGGACGGACGCUACGCCACAGCGCAGGCGCAAGCCACCGGCGCGGGAGGACGAGGCGAGGGAAACACGUCGCCGGUGCCGAGCAGCACGCUGGCCGCUGCCGUGCAAAGCCAGCAAGCCUCCACGCUCACCGCGCAGCAGGGCCAUCAAGGUCAGCCUAUACUAGCGGCGGGAACGGGGCCGCCGUACUUCUUCGCCACGGCGUUCAAUCCUCUGGCGGCGGCGCCGAAUUACGCGCAGUUCGGAACGAUGUACACGCAAUUGCCUGCAGUUACGAACGCGCACGGGUCGAGUACCAGCAGUCAGUACGGUCCAAAACCGGCGACUUAUGGUUCAGCAAGUUACGGUGCUUAUGAUGCUCUAGGGCAGUCAGCGCAAGACUAUGCUAAAGGUGGAUAUAACGUUGGUGCUGCUGCCGCGGCUGCAGCUGCUCAACAAGUUCAGAAAGGCCAAGGGAACUCCACGACGGGGGGCUCGGGGGCCAAUGAUCUGAGCGCGAUGUACGGAAAGCCCCACGCGGCCAUAGGCAAAGUUAAUUCGUACGAGAAACAGAGUUUCCACUCUGGCACGCCGCCUCCCUUCACGGGGGCCCUGCACGGCAGCCAGAACGCGGGCCUAGCGCCCAGCGGUACGGGCUAUGCCCCACAAGUGUAUAUUCCGGCUAUGGCGCCUCAGCAUCACUCCACGAUGGCCAUGCACCAGCCCUUGCAUCAGAUGGAUGUGAGGCACCAAGGCAGACGCGUGGAUUCUGGUAACUCAGCUGGUCAACGCUCGCAGGGUUCCAACCAGGCCAAGUCCGGUUCCAAGCAGACCUACGGCACAUCCUACUGGAACCAGAACUAACCCAACAAAAUUCAUUGAGUAAACCGCGCAGAAUUCCUACAAAGAAUCGAACGCAGAGGGCGCAGCAGCUGUACGCGUUUACUUUCUCUUCUUUUUUUAAUAUCGUCCACACAUCUACCCUCCCCCCAAAUGAUACGUCAAAAAAACGUCAACAAACAACAAGUAAUUUAGCCUUGACUACUAUAUAUCGUUUUUAAGUUUUUAUUAUUAAUAAUUAUUAUUAUUUAGCUAGUUGAUAAAUUAGAUUAAAGCGAUUAAUUGAUUAUUGAUUGUAUUUUAUACCUAUUAUUAUCAUUCGUAGAAUACCAUGAGUUUGUCCCGUGUAGUGGCGUUUUUAUAUUUAUUUUAUUUUUUUUAUUAUUAUUUUCUCUUUGUUUUUUUUUGUAUCUACCGUGUGUCUCAAUGUUCUGUUCCAAUAAAAUAACUCGGUUAUAUAAAUUUUGGAACUGUGAUAUUGGGACAUCCUGUAUAAUUACUGUACUUCGUCAGGGUUUUUUUUAUUAGCUAUCCCUAACAAAGAAUCGUGUAUUUUCGUUUAUUUUUUUGCUUGUUUAGAAUUUGACAUUUUGGUUUGAUAGUUCCAACAGGGUUGUGUGCAAUUCGUUUUGUGCAAUCCCUUUAAAUCAAAAUGCACCAGAAUUCCUAAUCUUAUUUUGUUUAUUAUUUUUUUUUAAUCGCUCUAUAUGAUACGUCGAUAGCUAGCUAUAAUAUAUACAUUGUGAUACAUAAAAACUAUCUGAUGAGUUUUUUUUAAUUUGUUUUCUUAAAAAAAAAUAUAGUAAUAAAUCUAAUCAAAAAAAUCUUAAAAAAAUAUAAUUUGUCGUAGUAGACGUCUUGAAUAAAUCUCACUACUCUCGGGAACUUUUUUGUGCUACACUGUAUAUAUUACCUGCAUAUACAGUUCAAUUUUGAAACCUUGACUCGUCCACUUAGUAAAUAAAAAACUAUGAAAAUGAGUUGUGGCACAGUUAGGUUGAAUCGCUCUGUAUAUCCUUCAAAUAUCGUGCGAUUUAAAAAAAACGAUGUCAUAGGAUGCGUAGAAAUAAGUAUAUCUAGACACAAAAAGCUUCAAAAAUUCUUGAUUUUGUUUAAAAACUUUAUAGAAUAAAUCACUUUUAAACACUUAAAACCAAAAUAUAUUAAAGCCAGGAACGAAAAUAUCAUUUCUAUGCCUGACAUGACAUCGUUUUUUUUUAAACCAUACGGUAUUUUAGCUUAUUGGAAGAAAAAAAAAACAGAAAAUAUUCGCGUGUAGCAGUCAAAUCAGCGUUAUAUAAAGUCAAUUUUACGUAGAAAAAAAAAAGGAAUUCAUUUUGGUUAUUGUAUAUCGAAAAAUUUAAUAGGGUACUACAACUUAAAAAAAAAUAAAUUAAAUUUGUUCCUCAGUUUUUUGAGGCCCUUAUACACAUUUUUUUAUAAAUUCUCUCUAAAGUACCACAAGUGUAAAUAUACAGCUUUAAUAAAUCUAGAAAUUUUUGAAAAUUUGAAAAAAAAACAUGGAGGACUGACGUUACUGACAUAAUCAUCCUCCUGCGCUAUGUAACUAGACCCUGCCUAUCUGUAUACCGGGCGUCUCAAAGAAAUAAGUUAAUUUCCUUGCGACACCCUGUAUAUACAUAAAAUGAAAAAACUAUAUAGAUUAAUAUUAGGAAGAAAAAAAAACGAAAAUGUGAGCAGAAUAUAUGGUAAAAUAAGUAAAAAUAUUGGAGGUUAAGAAAAUUGACUUACCCCCUAUGUAAUACGCGCGAUGUAUAUGUGUGACUGACUCUCCCGAGGUGGCUCUCGCUUACACCCAGUAGCGUGACAAAAGUCUGUUCUUUUCGGUAAAUUUUUUAACUGAAAAGUUAGUUUUGUCUCAGAGGGUUGGUAGACUUGUAAGACGACACGUUAAGGGUCGCAGGUUAACCAACCCGAUAAAAACAAAAAAUAUUCUUCAAAAUUAGGGUGAGACUGCGAGAGCGCUUCCCGAGCUUUUAUUUUACAUUUAGAUAGACGAUGAACUAAAUUAUCUUGUGUACCUAUUUACUAAUUUGUAUAAAUACCCCCCACGAUUAUUGUAGACACUGUAUAUCUGUAGUUUUGUUUUGUAUUUGCUGAAUAAUAACUUAAUGAUGAAACAUUUGAGAAAAUACACAUGGAUACAUCUUCUU